AGUAGAAACAGCUGUGUCUUGUGACAUAAUCAGGCACAUUUUCUAUCUGUUGUGCAAGCCUGGAGGCACACUCACAGAAUACAAACUGAAUUUGUUUUGGCUCGGUUCAGGAUCACUUAAUGCGUAACUUGUUCUCUGUUUAGCUCUAUUAAACGGUAACAUAUUCCACUGCAUUAACUAAAUCCAACCGGCUUUUUUCUGGACUUUAGCUUAAUUUUGAGCAGAGGUCUAAAUCUGCUAAACAGAUUUCUGGCAUUGCACAGAGAUCCUUUGUGUGCAGUCUAUAUUAAGCUUAUUUUUUAAUAUCAUAACUUGGAUCACAGCAGCUAUGGCGACCUUUGAUGACCUCUUGGAGGAGGCUGGAACUUUCGGCCGCUGUCAGAAGCGCGUCUUCGCCAUGCUCUGUCUGCUGUCUCUGCCUCUCUCAGGGGUCUACGUGGGCAUCGUCUUCCAGGGAUUCACCCCGGAUCACUGGUGCAGAGACCCCGCAGUGGUGGAGAGGAGGCAAGCCUGUGGAUGGAGCUUGACGGAGGGUCUGGGGAACAGAUCUGAGAGCAGCUGUGAGCGGUACGAGGUGGACUGGAACAAAACCACUCUCAGCUGUGAUCCUCUGUACCUGAAUCUCAGCAAAGCAACUCCCUGCAAGGAUGGCUGGGAGUACGACUAUGACGGCAGGAAGUCCUUUGUCACAGAGUUCGACCUGGUGUGUUCAGACUCAUGGUAUGUGGACAUGUACCAGGCAUUUGUCAACGUGGGAUUCCUCGCCGGCAGCUUUGCUUUUGGCUUCUUUGCUGACAGGUUUGGCAGGAGGAUGAGUUUCCUGGUGUCCAACAUCCUGAACGCUGUCGCAGGAAUGGUUCUCGCUUUCGCUCCAAACGUCAUCUCCAUCCUGGUGCUGAGGGCCGUGUUCGGCAUCGGGGUCAAAGGAGGCUGGAUGUCCACCUACGUGCUGCUCACAGAGAUCGUUGGAGUGGACUACAGACGGACGGUGGGGAUAUUGUACCAGAUGUUCCUCAGUGUGGGGAACAUCAUCCUCCCUCUGCUCGCUUUCUACAUCACAGACUGGCGCUGGUUGCAGGUCGCCAUAACCGCCCCUUACAUCCUCUUCAUCUCCUUCUACUGGUUUAUCCCAGAGUCUCCGAGGUGGCUCAUCUCUCAGAACAACUCUGCCAAAGCUAUGGAGAUCACUGAAGCUAUAGCUAAAGAGAACAAGAGGAAACUCUCACACUUUGAGAAACUGACAGAAGAAGAGGGUGACUCCUCCUCUGCCUCUCUGAUGGACCUGAUCAGGACUCCAAACAUGAGGAAACACACUUUGAUCCUCAUGUUCAACUGGUUCACCAGUGCUGUGGUGUACCAGGGUCUGAUCAUGAGGGUGGGGAUCGCUGGAGGAAACGUCUACAUCGACUUCCUGAUCUCCGGCUUGGUGGAGUUCCCCGCUGCCUUCCUCAUCCUCCUCACCAUCGAACGUAUCGGCAGACGCAUCCCCUUCGCCUCCGCCAACAUCGUGGCUGGAGCCGCUUGUUUGAUCACCGCCUUCAUCCCUGACAGCAUGUUCUGGUUCAAGACGGUGGUGGCCUGCAUCGGUCGGCUGGGGAUCACCAUGGCCUAUGAGAUGGUGGUGUUUGUGAACACUGAGCUCUACCCAACGUUUGUCAGGAACCUGGGCGUGUCGGUGUGUUCGACUAUGUGUGACGUCGGAGGCAUCGUGGCUCCCUUCCUGCUCUACAGGCUGGCUGCCGUCUGGCUGGAUCUGCCUCUCAUCCUCUUUGGAGUGGUUGCCUUCAUAGCUGGAGGAUUGGUGUUGCUGCUUCCUGAAACUAAAGGAGUUCCUCUCCCCGAGACCAUCGACGACAUUGAGUUUCCUAACAAGAAAAAGACGGAUGUCGCGGAGAACCAACAACUGAAGAAGCCUUUCAAAUCCGACCAAAACAACAAGGACUCAACAACUGUUUGACGCUGUGUGUGUGUGUGUGUGUGUGUGUGGUGUGUGUGUGUGUGUGUGUGUGUGUGUGUGUGUGUGUGUGUGUGUGUGUGUGUGUGUGUGUGUGUGUGUGUGUGUGUGUGUGUGUGUGUGUGU